AUGACGUGGGAGGUUUCCUGGUUUCAUGCGGGCAUCAAGACAACCCGUCCAAAGACAGGAGAUCUGCUGCGUGUCUUCGCUCGUAGCGCUGGUGUUGAUACCAUGAUAUUGCUGGAGAUGUUUGGAGACCUGCUUGUGCUCGACACCAAUGUGCAUCGUGCAACCAUUCCAGUUACAUGGGUGCACUAUAACCUCGUCGUUAUGGUCGCGCAGGGUUUCCUGAUCAAUCAGGAUGGGAUCCACCCCAUUUUGCUCCAGGAGUAUAUCAUGGACCAUGGACAAGCUGAAAUAAUAACAGGUGACUAUAAAGAAAUGGCGGAGAAUGUCACUGCUAACCAAUUUGUGUUCAUACUGGAUCAGAGAGGUGUUGCUCGACAAGAGGCACGAGUAUUGACUGAAAUCGCCAGAUUUCCACCGAGCUCUUGGGUUUGUGCAAAUCCGCUACAAUGGUGGUGGAAGGGGCAGGUUGAAAGGACGAUGAUCACUUCUAGUCAGUAUGCCAAUGUUACUAUACAAGAGCGGAUCAACACGAGCAACCCGGUUACUAAAACAAUUUCAGAUUGGAGAGUUUUCUGA